AUGCCUGGGAACGAUGCAGGCCCUAGCGGCGGGGGGAGGAACUUCACUGGCACAGAUCUCCCUCAACCGGGCCUUCAGCGACUAAACGGGGCGAUUCAAGAGAUUGAACGACUCACCAGAGCACUUGAAAACCACGUUGAAAAGACGGCCACCUUAAUCAGUGUCCUCCGCCACGAUAACAACAUCACACGUGCAAAACUUGAGGUUGCCACCGACCGCAUCAACUUUCUUGAAGAGUUCUUGGAGAUCGAGCCAGAUGACGGAGAGGAGGGAGCGGUGCAAGACCCACAAGAUGCGAGUGUCAUGGGAGGAGAUGGCAGUGGUGAUGCGACGGCAGCGGCAGUGAGCAAGCAGUUGUGUGCGAAUACACGUACGAACAGACGACUCACCUCGUAUCAGAGAGCGACCAACGACGCGUUCAAAAUCUGGAUGGGGGUUACAAAUCUCUCCAAGGCGGCCGAUCUACCUGGUAUCCCUGGGCUGGGAGAAGAGGCCCCACUGGUACCGACCGGGCAGCACGCUGGCACUCGUCUCGUCAGGUUCAACUGGCUCCAGAAUGCGACAUACCCAAUGAAUGCUCGAGGCAUUGAGACCCUGACGACGGCUCUGAGGGCGCAUGGAAACUCGUACGUUCCUGGCUUCGGAGAGGACCUCGAGAAGAUCUUCGAUGCCGACCUGAAAAACCGCGUCAUCACUAAGUUCAAAGCCCUCGCGGCGAACUGGAAGCGCAUAGAGAAGAGCGCUGGGAAAGCACGCGCACCUGCGGAGUCGGAGCCUGUAGAUGUAGAGGAUGCGCAGCAAGAAGCUGACGAUGAUCCUCUUAUGGAUCGCAAGAUUGCUCGUUCUCGGGCUAAACCAAAACAGGAACAGCGCAAACGUAAAAGCGCGGGUACGAAGUGGGCAGAGCCGAAGUAUGAGACCGCAUUCACUGAAAACGCGGCCUCGGACGAUGAAGACAUAUCGGAGAGCGAGGUCGUGGCUGGAGAGAAGACUUGUUAUGUCAGUCGGCCGCCGUGGUUCCGAUCAGCAAUGCUUCAGGAGUGCUACGACGAUCUCGACCUGCGGAACGAUCCUGAGCCAGAUCGCGCAGCUCUGCUCAUCAAGCGGAGGAAGGGACCGGUAAAACUCACUGCUGUACCUCCGAGGGCGCAGACGCUGAAGAAUCGCCUGCGCGUGUGGAUGAUCACCGAGGACGCUCUCGAAGGGAACCCGCACUGGUUGACGGGGGGCCGAGUCGCACAAAACGGGAAGUUGUGGGGAGAUGAAGACGAUCCAGUGGACGAUAGCACAGCGAGAGGAACGAAGAGGAAGGGGGAGUCGUCCAAGAACAGUGGUGGUAAGAAAAAGAAGCGUCCUGCUGAGGACAUGAGUAAGGUACAAGCGGCUGAGGCUAGUCGCGCGGCACUCGCACGAGGGGCAGAUGAUGACGACCUCUUCGGGAACAUGACACAGGUGUGGGGGACUUGA